AUGGCCCCAUCUGCUACUAUCCCCAACACGACUUCUCUUGAAACUCAGAUGGUUAAAGAUGUCAAAAUAAAAUCGUCUGCUGCCUUUGUUACAAUAAACGCCACUCAAGCGCCUCCUUCUAAAUGGACUUACAAAUAUCACCCCCUGGAAGCCCAGAUCACCGAGGACGUGGAUGGUUACUUUCUCAAACACUGGAAGUUUGGUACAGAGAAGGAUAAGAAGAAGUUUGUUGCAGCGGGCUUUCCUAGAGUCACUUGUCUGUAUUUCCCACUGGCCAAAGAUGAUCGCAUCAAGUAUGCAAGCAAGCUUUUGACUAUUCUGUUCUUAAUCGAUGAGAUCCUUGAAGACAUGUCCUUUGAUGAAGGUUCCGCAUACAACGAAAGAUUGAUGCCUCUGGCUCGGGGUAUCGGUCUUCCCAACCGCGACGACCCAGCUGAAUGGAUUAUGUACGACUUGUGGGCUACAAUGCGAGCCAAAGAUCUUGAGCUGGCCAACGGUAUUCUAGAGCCUACGUUUGAGUUCAUGCGAGCCCAGACUGAUAAAGCACGCCUGAGUAUUCGCGAAAUGGGCGAGUACCUGGACUACCGCGAGCGCGAUGUUGGCAAAGCGUCGAUUUUGCAUGGAUAUCCCACUUUCCCAGAAGAGCUGGCCGCCGUUCACCGUAUUGAGCAAAACUGUGCAAAGCACUUGUCUGUACUCAACGACAUCAUGAGCUGGGAGAAGGAAUAUGCUGCUUACCUCACAGGACAUCCUGAGGGCUCUGCGAUUUGCUCAGCUGUUCAGGUGCUUGCGAAUGCCACUUCGCUUCCAUUCGGCUCAUGUACGCGAAUUCUUUGGGUCAUGUGCCGGGAGUGGGAGGCAGAGCACAAUGAUUUGGUAGCAAAGGUGCAAGCCGAGACUCCCAAUGGCUUAAGCGAGAGGCUUAAACUAUAUAUCAAAGGAUUGGAGUACCAGAUGAGUGGAAACGAGCACUGGAGUCUUGCGACUUUGCGCUACAACUCGCCUUCUAACCCUGUCGAGAUGUAA